AUGGAACCCGACAUUAUGAAGUUAGUUGUUCCUGGUGAAAAACCAGUGAAAAUAACAAAAUGGAAAGUUCGUCAAGGCACACAUGUAUCGAAGGGAGUUUUAUUGGCACUAUAUCAAACUGAAGAACAAGAGACAGACAAACUUCCUCUCAAACUGAAGGCACCAGACGAUGGAUUUGUGAAGAAAAUUUGCGUCAAGGAAGGACAACUCUGUCAACCCGGAGCUAACUUGCUAGAAAUAGAGCCUCAAUCAAGUACUGUUUGUACACAUCCAACUGUAAUGAAAGAUAUGUGCGCAGAAUGUGGUGCUGAUCUCAGAUGUGAAUUAGGUUUAGCUGGUGACCGUAAAGAGCCAGUACAGGCUUCAGUUGCUAUGGUACAUUGUAUACCAGAGUUAAUAGUUAGUGAAGAGGUUGCUCUUGAACUAGGGAAAGCUGAUGAGAAUCGGUUAUUAGAGUCCAGAAAGUUAGCUUUGUUAGUUGAUUUAGAUCAAACAUUAAUACAUACCACCAAUGAUUCUAUACCAAACAAACUAAAGGAUGUUUACCAUUUUCAAUUAUGGCAUGGCAGAAAGUUACUGUGGUAUCAUACAAAAUUCCGUCCUGGAACUAAAGACUUCUUAAAGAAAAUUUCUGAGAUGUAUGAAUUACAUAUCUGUACAUUUGGAGUACGGAUGUAUGCCCAUACCAUAGCUAGAUUUAUAGAUCCUGAUGGGAAAUAUUUCUCUCAUCGUAUCCUGUCUAGAGAUGAAUGUUUUGAUGCCAUGUCAAAAACUGCUAAUCUCAAAGCAUUGUUUCCAUGUGGUGAUUGUAUGGUAGCUAUUAUUGAUGACAGAGAAGAUGUAUGGAACUAUGCUCCCAAUCUGAUCCAUGUCAAACCAUAUCAUUUCUUUCAAGGUACUGCUGAUAUCAAUGCUCCUCCUGGACUCACUAAAACUGAAAAUGAUGAUAUUCCGGUCAAUCAUGAGAUUCGGAGAUCUGUCAGUAUGGAAUCUGUGAAAGAGGGCAAGGAAUCUGCUACCACAUCUGCAGAUGCUGUAGGAACAGAUGAAAAACAACCUGAUAAUACUACUGACAAGACAGUUAAUAAGUCACCAACAGAGGUGCAAACUUCCGAAGACACUAAUGAUGUAGAUAUGAAAGAUGAUGAUAAGAGUGACCUUAAUUCAAAUAAGAGUGAUGAGAAUGAUAAGAAUUCCAAUCAAGAUUCUUCAUCCAAAGAGGAUAAUACCGGUAGCACAGGAAGUAAGAACAAGGAACCACUUACCACUCAGGUGAGUGAAGAAGAGGAAAUCGAGUGGGUAGAUGAUGAUGAUUACUUGUAUUAUCUAACAGACAUUUUGACUAGAAUUCACAAAGCAUAUUAUGACUUUUAUGACCAGAUGAAGAACAAAGACGAUAUCUCAGACUUGCCAAAUAUGAAAAAUGUCAUUCCAUAUGUCAAGCGAAAAGUGUUAAAAGGUGUUAAUAUUGUGUUCAGUGGAAUUGUUCCUUUAAACAUGGCUCCAGAAAAAUCACGUGCUUAUGUCAUCGCCAAAUCAUUAGGUGCUACAAUCCAUCAAAAUAUCAUUCUACCUACAGACAGUGCAGAAGAAUCCACAACCCAUUUGAUAGCGUCAAAGGCAGGUACUGCCAAAUACAAAUUUGCCAAAAAAUUGAAAAGAAUUAAGAUUGUGAACUUAGAGUGGUUAAUGAGUUGUUCUUAUCGGUGGGAAAGAGUGGACGAGAGGUUGUUCCCUGUUACUGAUGACCUAUCAGGAGUAUCUUGUGAAAGCCCUGUACAAGAUCUUGAAAGCCUGAAGAAGAGGCUGGCAAGUUUCAACCCACUGUACUCCUUCUCUGAUGAAGAUAUAGAGUGUAUGGAUAAAGAAGUCGAGAAUCUUUUGGAUGAAGAUGAUGAUGGAGAUUCCGAUGAAGAUGAAGAAGAAAGAGAUCAGAGAAAUAGAACAAAAGUAAUCUGCUCUACUCCUGAAGAUUCUUCCACAGAUGACAGUCUGCAAGGAAACUUCCCUAAAGGCUGGAAAAAGAAAUCUACCUCUUUGUCGCUUCAGAAUAAAAUAGAAACAGAAGACAGUGAUGCCCCGGUGCCAGAUGAGGACUCUGAAAAUGAACUGGACAAAUAUCAAAAAAAUGUUGAAGCGUUUUCCCCAGAGUCCGAGAAAAGUGACACUGACAAAGACUCUAUUGGUUCUGUUGAUGAUGAAAUUGCUGAUGCUGUAGAGAAAGAGUUUCUCUCAAUGUUAUAG